AGCCGUUCCUCCGUGCGCUCCCAGCGCCGCGAUACGAGGGAGGGAGGAGAGAGAGCUGUUUACAUUGUGAACCAGACCUCAGAUUAACAGUCACACAGCUGCUCCGCCGGGACGACAGCUGUCUCGCUUUACAGACACUUUUUUUUUCUCCUUCAUCCAUCGAACCGUCUCCAAUUUGCGCUUUACGCACAGUCAUGGUUUUGACGCGCAGGUGAACUUCUCUCGCCUCGACCACAACUCCACGCGGAAAAUUGCUCCGAGGUGAACAGGUCAUCGGAGCCAUGUCCAGGAAGAGGGCAGUGAAGGGCAAGGCUGGCUCCAAGAGCCCGAAGGCGUCGCCGAGCAGCGGGAGGACGGGGAAAGGUCUGGCCGCCGCCGCCGCUCCGUCCUCCGGACUCGUCUAUCCCAGCAGACCGUCCCUCAGCAACAGCGGGGAGUUUUAUGACAUCGCCUUCAAGGUGAUGCUGGUCGGGGAUUCAGGCGUCGGGAAGACCUGUCUGCUGGUUCGCUUCAAAGACGGGGCUUUUCUAGCCGGCAGCUUCAUCUCCACUGUUGGCAUCGACUUCAGGAAUAAAGUAAUGAGCAUCGACGCUGUGAAGGUGAAGCUCCAGAUCUGGGACACUGCUGGACAGGAGCGUUUCCGGAGUGUCACACAUGCCUACUACCGCGACGCUAACGCUCUCCUCCUUCUCUAUGACGUCACCAACAAGGCCUCCUUCGACAAUAUCCGGGCAUGGCUGACAGAGAUCCAUGAGUACGCCCAGCAGGAUGUGGUCGUCAUGCUGCUGGGCAACAAGGCUGACUCAACACAUAACAGGGUGGUGAAACGCGAGGAGGGAGAGAAACUGGCAAAGGAGUUUGGAGUGCCCUUCAUGGAGACGAGCGCUAAAUCUGGACUGAACGUGGAGCUGGCCUUCACUGCAGUGGCCAAAGAACUGAAGCACAGGACCAUGAAGGAGCCCGAUGAGCCCAAGUUUCAGCUGAAGGAGUACGUCGACAAAGAGAUGAGGACCGUCGGCUGCUGCCGCUCGUAGACCACAUCCCGUGUGUGUGUAUGCAAGUGUGUGUGUCUGAGAGAGGGAGAGAGCGAACAGUUACCUUCUAUUAGAAUAGUUCUAAAUCUGAAGUCGGUGUGUCUGAGAAUUAUCCCGAAAUUCUCAGCAUUUUUUUAGUAUUUGAAGUGUCGAUAUGGCCAUUGAUGCUCUCUCUCUCCCAACCCACCUUUCCUCUGCAACUGUGAAUGUAAUAUAACUCCUAUCUACAUGCUCACACAUACACAUGCAUGUACACACACACACACACACACACAUGCACACACACCAUUGAGGCUCUGUUUGUACAUGUACUUCAAAGCCUGUUCGAUCCAUUCUGCCAUGAGUGUGAUGUACAUAUUUUAAAUGUAAUUUUAAUUACGUGCUUUGUAGUUCUGUAAAUGCCCGUCUUGUUGUAACAAAAAGAACAUAGACUCACAUGUGUUGGAUACUAAAUCAAUCAGUCUUGUUAAGGUAAUAGAAAUGAACAGAUCUUAUGAACACAUUUGUACAGAUUCACUAUUGCACCUAACGUACGCUGUCGAAUGGCACCGUGUGCUGUUUACGGACAGGAUCUCGUAUGAUAACUGUUUUUAAUACUUGUGAUCAUGACUGUCAUUAUACAGAUGUAAUUUGAGUUCUUUAGCUUUUAUACACAGAUUGUUGAAGUUAAAAGCUGCUACAUGAAGCAUUUUAAUGUUAAGAAAUGCCCCUCACUCAGCCACAUCACCAAAAUAAAUGUUGCCAGUGUAUGUUUCUGCAAAACCCCUGCAUUGCUGAAACUUUAUGUUUCUUUAGGUUCAGUUCAUUUAUGUUGUGACAAUACAGUGCUUACCCCCUUCACCAGUAAUUGCAAGAUGUUAUUUGAUGAAAAAAAAAAAAGAAAAAAAAGAAAAAAACAAGAUCAUCCGCAAAAGGACUAACAGCGGCCACUGAUGUCUGCCGAUGAAACAGAAACAGAUUACUAGUACUAAUUAUUCCAUCACUUCCAUCAAUGAAUCAAGAAAGUAAUCAACAGAUUCACUGAUAAUGAAAAUAAGUGCUGGUUCCAGCUGGUUUGAGUUUGACAACAGAGCCAGUGUUUGACUUUUCAAUCAAGAUCACAUCUCAAAGAAAGGUCGAGAAUUCAUAAAACCCAGUAGGAGCUUUGACUGAAUCUUUCUUUUAAUUGUUUUCCCGUCCUGAGGUUUGGUAGCUCCCGUCUUUCUGUAGAGAUGCAGCUGUUGUUAUUAGACCUUUCGCUGAACUUAACGCUGCGGUAUGGUUUCAACCCCCGAGAGGAGGUGAAGGGAACAGUAACUGGAAGUUGGCCGUGGGUGGAGAGAAGCUGCUGUCAAGGAGGAAGUUGCAGGAGAGAUGCAGCAUUCAUGUGUAAAUUAAGAUCCAUCUCAUUUAUCUUGUUUGUUUUUUUUUGUGAGAAGAUUUCAUACUGCUGAAAGUUUAUGUUUAAAAACACUAUAAAUACACUUUCAGUUUGCUUACAUUAAAUGGUUGAACUGAAUCUUGAUAUACAGAUUUUACAAUAGAUCUCAGACUUUGAGAAAGAGUCAUUCAAUUCUUGUUACCUUGUAAUCUGUAUACUGUAUCUUAUCUGAAAUGAUUUGUAUUGUAUCAACCCCCAGUGUUCACAAUAAAGAAUCAACAGUGA